AGGGAAGCUCGCCCCCACCUCCUCUGAGUACAGAAGCGGCGAAGAGAGCGGAGAAGUUUGUUUGACUGUCAGUUUGUGAGGAUGCAGCGCUGCGCUGCGCUGUUGGUUCCACAAAGAAUGACUCAAACAGCCGUUAGUGUCUGUGUGUGGUGAGGAGCGCCGCCUUUUAAGUGAGGACGUUUGCUUAAAACCUCAAACGAAGAGCCCCUCCGAGGCGUCACGGCAGGCUUCCCAUUUAGCCAAAACUUUGGCAGCUUCGUCUUUUUCUGGGCAGAAGUUUGGAAAUAUGUUUCUGUGGCGUUACACGGCGGCAGUGCUGGUGCUCCUGAGCGCCGGUUGGUGUGAGAGGUUGCCUCCUCGUUUGGUGAGCUCCAGCCCAGCACGCCUAGAGAAGAGCUUCGGCAGGCACUCCAGACUCCACCAGUGCCAGUACAUGCUCAAACAUCUUCAAGAUGGAGACCAGAUCACUGUGCACAUGCCUCCUGAUAUCGCAGGUCACUGGGUGUCCGACAGCUGUGAGGUGAGAUCCGGGCCUGAAUUCCUCACCCGAUCCUACCACUUCUACAACAACUACACCUUCCAGGCCCUUCAAUUCUACUACCGGGACAACCAAUGCACGGAGCCCAGCUACACACUGCUCAUUGAGGGCAGUGUCCACCCACGGCAGGCCUCAUGGGUCGUCCGGGGAGGAACAGAGGCAGACUUCCAGCUCAGCCGUGUCCUGCUGGUCAGCCACAGUCCCGCAGCGGCUGAGGCGCUCCAGGUGAAGCUGGAGCAGAGCUGUGGUCUGGUAAAACGUCUGGAUCCAGGGCUGAGCUAUGAGCUGUGGGCCGACGGCACCAAGCACUCCAGUCGUGACUGCGCCCGCGGCUUAGACUUCAGCAUGCAGGAGUUACAGCUACUGCGCAUGGAGAGGCUCCAUCGCCAUGGCGACCCUGCCACAAAUGCAGAGGAGUUGUUCUUGGGGGACGUGCACACUGAGCGUGCUCAGAGGAGACUCCACAAGCCCUCGGGCUACCAGCCCCCCCUGCAAAGUGUCAAGACCUACGAUGCAAGCUGUGUCACUUGUCAGAUCGUCUCUGAGGCAGAUCUGUACAACCCACCUGUCCUGCCAUCCCAGAAUGAACGUCCUUUGCGUCUCUAUGGUAACUGGGUUAGCAGACGCUGUGAGGUCCGCCCAGGGGUCCUCUUCCUCACCCGUCAUUUCGUCUUUUAUGAGGACAGCAACAUUUGGGAAGGUCACUACUACCACUUCUCUGACCCAGUCUGCAGGCACCCCACUUUCAGCAUCUCUGCGAAAGGACACUACAGCCAAGGAGUUCCCUCUACUGCAGUGAUGGGGGGCACAGAAUUCACUUUCACAGUGACACAUAUGAAGGUCACUCCCAUGGACAUGGCCACGGCUUCUAUAUUGAAUGUCUUCAGCGGGGACAAGUGUGGAAAGCAGGGUUCCUGGAAGCUGGGAGUUCAACAGGAUGUGACGCCCACCUUAGGCUGUGCUGCCCUAGGCAUCCGUUUGCCCCACACAGAGUAUGAGCUCUUCCGCAUUGGGCGAGAUUCAGCUGGACGCAGCCUCCUCUUCAACGGCCAGAGACCCACCAACGGCUCAAGCCCAGACCAGCCACACAAGCGUGCCACAUCCUACCAGCCCCCUCUGAUACGCUGCAUCUCCAGUCAGAAGGGGUCUACAGGCAUUGGUAAAGAGGGUGACCAUCACUUCAGACUUGGGAAUGGAUACAAGACACUGGACCAGCACCUAAUAUUUGUCAUCAUGUUGGUCGAACUUGUCUUCUGGAGCAUUUAGGAUGAUAUGGGGGUAUUUUUGGGGUGUAGUUUGUACUCUAGGAUGCAGAUCAAGGUUCAGUUCUGUCCUUUGUUCACUGAGAACUGAUCUUGGAUACAGAUCGUUUAACCUUUCCCAAUCACAGGACUAAUUCUGUGACAUUGUCAUGGAUACUGUGAAACUACUUUAACAUGGGACAGUAUGUUGGGUUUUUUUAAAUGUCGCGAGAAAAGAAGAGAUUUGUGGCUUUACGUGAACAUGUCCAGGUGGAGGCAGCUUGGGACUAUUUCAUUAGACGGCGGUACAUUAACAUGAACUAGAUGAUGGUCGUGUCGUAAACCUUGUUGCUCCAGAGGAAAGUAUGCAUGACACACAGAAAUGUUAGAUCAUUCCCUCCAUUAUUGCUGCUACUCUUUCAAAUGUAGCUCUGAAAUAAGAAAUUACUCACAGCUCUCCUCGUUCUUUACCUUAGGCUAAGAACACACACUAUGAGGUGUGGAUUAUUUAUUGAUGCGUAGAGAAAAAGAUUUGCCCAGACAUUCAUUUGUCGUUUGCCAUCCACUGCAUGCAUUUUAAGCGUGAAAACAUACAGAGACGCCAAACACUGAAAUGAGAAUGUUAAAGAUUUUAUUUAAUUUUCAUUCUUCUUUCCUCAAUGUUAAAUACCAUAGGACAGGACUGUAAGAGUGGUGAUCUUUAUUCAGUCAACAGUUGCCUCACAAAUGAGUAUAUAUAAUUUGCAUAAAGAAAAAUCUAGUAAGACUUGACAUAACUGUAAGACGUCUGUGUUUGUGUCAGGUGACUGGGAGAAAAUAAUGUACAUGGAAGGAGGCACAUAUUUCCCAGCUGAGUUAUCAACAUUCAAAGAAUUAAAACUAUUUUCAAUUAUAAGAUAAAUUUAACUGUCAAGAGACCAUCGCACAAUAUGUAGCAAUGUCUUUUUUUCCUUUUUUGAGUUUUCCAUUUUCUUAAAAGGAUUAAAAUAACAUGUAUAGGACACUUAACAUUUCAUUCAACUCUUAUUAAAACCACAGAGAGAAAGAGAGAACAAUUUAUUUUAUUUAUUUAUCAUAGAUUUCUUUUUCAAAUUACCAUCAAGGUCUCUACACAGUGCCUCGAUCUGACUGUAACUGAUGUUUAGAUAAAUGUACAGUUGCUGCCCCUUACCACCCUUGGAAGGAAAACAAAAACAAAUAAA